CACUCCAGCUACUAUACCCGAGCCAAUGCGCAGUCCGCAGCCCUUCUGCGGGCGCGGCGCCCAUAUCUGGUCAAGAACGCUGUGACCGGUCUGAUCAUGGCUGGAAUUGUCACUGGUGUCUACGCAUACACGAUAAAAGCCGUCGGCCAGGACGAGUUCGAAGACGUCAAGGUACCAGAUGUUCCGGUUCACCAGGCACAACAAGGCAAACCCGAGAUAGCCAAACAAUGA